AUGGAGAAAGACGAGCCCCCACAACUUGUGACCCCGGCAUCAGUGAAAGCCAUCAUCUCGAGGAUUACGGCUGCCCAGCUAACUCGGGCUCAGGAGGAUAUUUCUUCCCAACUCUCUGACAUCCUGGACAAUGUCAAUUGUGUCAUCAACCACUUCCAGGAAGAAUUAGGAUAUGAUUUAAAAGAAAAAGCAAAAUCUUACCAGAUGGAGCAAAAGGGAAAGGACAGAUUCAUCUUGUUGGAGAAAAUUGCCUCCUUUUCCAAAGAUGCUAAGACUAAAGAGAAGCACUUAUACGAAAUUCUCCACUGGCUGGGUGACUGGGGUGACAGUCUGGCCUAUGAGAUCAGGAACAGGACGAGUGAGAAGGAAGAGGAAGGCCUGGACGAAUGGAUUGAGGUGAUGGAGAAGGUGUUACCUCUCUCUCUCAUCACCACCAAAGGAGGCAUCGAGUCUCUCAUUUCCCUUUGCUCCACUCUCAUUGAAGAACAAAAGAAAAGGGCACAAAUGUCCAAACACACCUUCUGGCAAGGCUGGCAGGAACAAAGCCUGCAAAAAUUUACAUCCUACCCUCAGCCACUGAGCCCAGAGCAGAUGCUCCAGGAUAAGAAUAUGGCCUGCAUGAAGGUUUCUGAGGUGAGGUCCAUGCUGCAGGAACUCCUGGACUCCACCAUGUUCAACCAGGGGGAGGUCAAGGCCAUCAGGUACAUGUCUGCUGUGGUGGAGAACCUCAACAAGGCCUUGAUCCUCCAGCACAAUGAGAACAGGGGCCUGGAGACCAAAUACAAGCAACUGGAAACAGAGAUGACCAAAGAACUCAGCAGCCAGAGGCUGUACUUUCAGCAGUCCCUGCAAGUCCUCAAGAGUAAGAGGGAUGCCCUACUAAGGCAGGUAGAAAUUCUAGGGGGAAAGUACCAUGACCUUCUCCUGAUAAAGCAUGCCUUAGAGUUCCAGCUGAAGAAGGCUCAGACUGCUAGAGGUCAAGCAGGAGACUCAGCUGAGAUCUUUGUUGACUCCCCAGGCCCCCCUGAGAGAGAAGCCAUUCCAAAGAAAGAGGCAAUCAUGGAGGAAACCCCACUGGAACCCAAGAAGGAGGAGCAGUUGUUUUCACUGCUUUCCCCGGGUCCCAUGGCUGCAGCUGGGGACAGUGGUGCCAGGUCUUCAACGUAUCAACCACUUUCCACCAUGACCAUGAAUUUGAGGAUCGCAGAUGUAUAUAGCAGCCAGGACACUGAAAGUCUUCAGUUUAUGUUUCCAUCUUCAGUGGAUCACAAAUUUCCUCAGAUAUGGGAAAUACCAGUGGCAGAGAGCCUAGGUCAUAAAAUCAAAGACCAGAAGGACUUCUUCCAGGAAGCAGCCCAGGAGAAAGAAGGACUCCAAAUCGAGUCCCAUGGUAGAGAGCAUCUGUCGCCAGAGAGCUCCAGGAUGGUGGACUUGGAGAGCAAGGUGGAACACUGGGAAGAGGAACUCAACUGGGAGAGGCGGAGGCAGCAGUGGCUGGAGGAGGAGGAGAUGUGGCUGCAACGGCAGCAGAAGUGGGCCCUGCUGGAACAGGAACACCAGGAGAAGCUGCGGCAGUGGGAGAUGGAGAAGGAGGCAAAGGAGCAGCAGCAGAGAUUGGUCCAGCCAGAAAAGGAGAAAGAGGACCCACAGAGGGACCUGGGGCAGCCAAGGGAAGAUGAGGAGAGGAAGAUUUUUGUGACCACCCGUCGAUGGAGGGACUUGAAGAAGGCAUCGCUGGCACCUCCCCCAAGACGGACCCAAUCUGCUUGCCAAAGCAGAAGGCCACACUUGCCUAGGACCCCUAAUACUCAGAAGCCCACCCUAGGAAAUCAGAGGAUCAUGAGUUCAAUCGAGUUUACCCAGAAACCAUGGACUCACCAGGUUCCCACAAAGCCCAAGAAAUCGGCCUCUGUUCCUGCCACAGGGGCAUCCAUCCAGAAAGUGACCCAGCCCCCUUUGCGUAUAUCCUCAGUGACUCUGAAGCGGAAGGUAUAUCAUAUGGACGUAGAGGCCCAGAGGAAGAAUCUGCAGCUCCUGAGCGAAGAUGCUGAGCAGGGGCUGCCCCGCUACCUACGCAGCAAAGCACGGGAGCUUACCACCACCACCAUGGAGCUGACCGUGCUCAGGCUGCAGAGCCUGUGCCAUAAGUAUAUCCUCUACAGAUCCUUCCAGAGCCUCCGACAAGAAGCAAUCAACCACAUACAAGCCAUGCGAGAAGCUGGGGCUACCUACAAGGCCCAGAGUCUCUACACGUCCCUGAAGAACAUUGACCACCUGCAGACCCUUCGCCUGCAGGCCUGGACGGACAAGCAGAAGGACCUGGAAGGGAAGCUCCAAGGGUGCCUAAGCAGUAUGGUGACCAUGUUCCCCAAGCUCCAGCUGGAGUGGAACAUUCACCUGCAUACCCCUGUGAUCACCUCCCCAAAGUCAAGAAAAAGCAAGCCGCCCCCCUCCUUACUCCGGCGUGUCCACUCCAGCAGCCCCUUCUGCAAGCAGCCCCCAGAACACCUUCCAUCCAAGCACCAGGAAUGUGUGUCCCUGCGGAUGGCCCGACAACGGGGUAACCAGAUUGAGGCUGUUUGGAGAACUGACGUGGCCUCCUCCAGUCACCCAAUAGAAAAGAAGACCCCAGUCAGCCUGUCCUGGGACCAGCUCGGGGGGUGCCCAGAUAUCCCCCGGCUGUUGGCACUGGAUGUCCAUUCCUCAUACCAUAAAAGCUUGAUGUCCCUCAAGGCCCGUGUCUCAGCAACCCAAAGAAAGGAAUGCCAGGAGCCCUCAGAUGAGUCAGCUGAACUUGUCCAGGAAAAGUCAAGUGAGCUGCUCCCUGGAACCCUAAAAAGCCAGAAGGAUCGAGACAACCACAGUCGCCACUCCAUCCCUUAG